GAUAAACAUCAUCCACCUGUCUUGCUCAGUUUCCCAUGGGAUUCUCUCUCUCCUCUCUCUCCUCUUCUUCCUUCUCAGUUCUCUCUCUCUCUAAACCUUCACACCUUCGUUUUCAUUCCUAUUCUCAGAACAAAACAAAAACAUUAACAUAGUAUUUCACCAAUCAACAACAACAUUAACAACACUCUCUUCACUUUUCACUACUACUUCACUUCACUCUUCAAUGUCUCUUCUUUCUUUCUUCUUCUUCUUAUUGGGUCUUUCGUUUUUCAAUGUUCUCAUAACCGCUUCCACUGAAUUUGACUUUGGAACGUUAACUCUCACAAGCCUCAAACUUCUCGGUGAUGCCCAUUUAAACAACGCCACCGUUACUCUCACACGUGACCUCACCGUCCCAUUCUCCGGCGCCGGCCAAGCUCUUUAUUCCCGUCCUGUCAGAUUCCGGCAACCGGGUAGUAAUUUCCCGGCGAGUUUUACCACUUUUUUCUCUUUCUCUGUCACCAAUUUGAACCCUUCUUCCAUCGGUGGUGGUCUCGCGUUUGUGAUUACACCUGAUGAUGAUUCUCUUGGAGACGCCGGGGGUUAUCUUGGUCUUGCUGCGGAUGGGUUUGUGGCGGUUGAAUUUGAUACUCUAAUGGACGUUGAAUUUAAGGAUAUUAAUGGGAACCAUGUUGGGGUUGAUCUUAAUAGUGUUGUUUCGAAUAAAGUUGGUGACUUGGAUUCAAUUGGGAUCGAUCUUAAGAGUGGUGACACGGUGAAUGCGUGGAUUGAUUAUGAUGGAUCCAGUAAUGACUUUAAUGUUUGGGUUUCUUAUUCUAAUCUUAAACCGAAAGAUCCAAUUUUGUCUAUGAAUCUUGAUAUGGGUCAGUACUUGAGUGAUUUUAUGUAUGUUGGCUUUUCUGGUUCAACUCAAGGUAGUACAGAGAUUCAUAGGGUUGAAUGGUGGAGUUUCAGCUCGUCUUUUGUAUCGUCGGGUGAUCCUUCCGGUUUGCCGCCUCCUCCGGCUGUUAGUUUGAUGAAUACUACGGCGAAUUCGGCGAGGGCACCGCCUCCUUCUAUGGCUCCUUCGAUGAAUCAUUCGAAUGAAGAAAGAAAGGAGAGUAAGAAGAAUUGUCACAAUGGGCUGUGUAAGCAGGGUUUGGGAGCUGUUGCUGGCGUUGUUACUGCCGGUGCUUUUGUUUUAGCACUUUUUGCUGGCGCUAUGAUUUGGUUUUAUUCUAAGAAAGUGAAGCGCGUGAGUAGAUUCGAUUCUCUUGGAUCAGAGAUAAUCAAGAUGCCUAAGCAGUUUAGCUACAAGGAGCUUAAGACUGCUACAAAGUGUUUCAAUGCUAAUAGGAUUAUUGGUCAUGGUGCGUUUGGGACUGUUUAUAAGGGAAUUUUGACUGAGAAUGGUGACAUUAUUGCUGUGAAGAGGUGUAGUCAUAGUAGUCAAGGUAAGAAUGAGUUUUUAUCUGAGUUGUCUAUAAUUGGUAGCCUUAGACAUCGGAAUCUUGUUAGACUUCAAGGAUGGUGCCAUGAGAAAGGUGAGAUUUUGUUGGUGUAUGAUUUGAUGCCUAAUGGUAGUUUGGACAAGGCUUUGUUUGAGGCUAGAACGCCUCUUCCGUGGCCUCACCGCCGAAAGAUUUUGUUGGGGGUGGCGUCUGCUUUGGCUUACUUGCAUCAAGAGUGUGAAAAUCAGGUAAUUCAUAGAGAUAUUAAGACUAGUAAUAUUAUGUUAGAUGAAGGGUUUAACGCGCGUUUGGGUGAUUUCGGAUUAGCUAGACAAACUGAGCAUGACAAGUCUCCGGAUGCCACGGUGGCUGCGGGAACAAUGGGGUAUCUAGCACCCGAGUAUCUCCUUACAGGUAAAGCCACUGAGAAAACCGACGUUUUUAGUUAUGGUGCUGUGGUUCUUGAGGUUGCAAGUGGGAGGAGACCCAUAGAGAAAGAUGCUGCAGGUGUUGGAAAAGUUGGAGUGAGUAGCAAUUUGGUGGAAUGGGUUUGGAGUUUACACAGGGAAGGAAGGUUACUGAUGGCGGCUGAUCCAAGGCUCGAGGGAAGGUUUGAUGAAGCGGAGAUGAGAAGAGUGCUCUUGGUUGGGCUUGCUUGCUCACACCCUGAUUGUUUGUCUAGACCAACAAUGAGAGGUGUGGUUCAAAUGCUAGGGGGUGAAACUGAAGUGCCAAUUGUCCCGAGAACAAAGCCUUCUACCGGUCUCAAUAUUUCACACUCUCGCCUCUUAAUAAGCUUGCAAGAUAGUGUAUCUGACUUUGGUGAUGGUAUAAUCUCCAUUUCUACUUCCACGUCCGAGAACAGCUUCAAUGGCGGAGAUAUAGUUUGAUGGAGAUUUUCGGUUGGACAAGGCCAUUUUUAAUUAUUGACUCAGUGUAAAUAGAGAUAGAGAUAUAUGUAUUCAUUUGUUCAUGUAUGUAAAGUAAAUGUCAAUAACAUGCAAUUAAGGACCUCGAGAAAGAAAUUUUGGAGUUUAUGCAAUUCUGUCUCUGAUUUACACAUUUUGGCACAAACUGACUCAAGUGGUUCAUUCAUAUGAUGCUCUGAGCAAUGCAAGGUGUUAGUAUGGAACGUUACUGGCACAAUCCGGAAAGGGUUAUGGAAAUUUUGCUUAGAUCAUUGUUCUAGUUCUAAUGGAUGCCCCCUUGUAUAAGGCAAGUUUGAAUUAAGCUAUUGAUGUUAAACAAGCUUUCUGUUGACAAUGUUAAUUAUGUUACCCUGGUAUAAUAAAGAUGACAUUUUUCCAAA